AUGAAGUUCCUCAAGGUCGGCAGAGUCGCCAUCAUCACCCACGGCCGUUACGCCGGCAAGAAGGUCGUCAUCAUCCAGCCUGUCGACUCUGGCAACAAGGCUCACCCCUUCGGUCACGCCCUGGUCGCCGGCAUCGAGCGCUACCCCUCCAAGAUCACCCGGCGCAUGUCCAAGACUCGCCAGGAGAAGCGCAACAAGAUCAAGCCUUUCGUCAAGCUUGUCAACUACAACCACUUGAUGCCCACCCGCUACACCCUCGAGCUCGAGGGCCUCAAGGGCGUCGUCAGCAACGACACCUUCAAGGAGGUCACCCAGCGUGAGGAUGCCAAGAAGCAGGUGAAGAAGGUUCUGGAGGAGCGUUACACGAGCGGAAAGAACAGAUGGUUCUUCACGCCUCUGAGAUUUUAA